UUUUUUCCUGCUAUCUUCUGUCACUCCUUCACUUGCUACUGUCAUUUGACCUCAUAACCUGAUUUUCUCCCUCCAAUCAGUUUACCUGACUCCUUUUGCCAUGUUCCCUCACCCUGUUUCCCUCCGUCCCUCUCCUUCCCUCUCUGUUUCCAUCUUUGAGCUUUAUCCCUUCAUCCCUUAUCUCCUUCAUCCCCUCCAAUCCUUAUCUGUUCUUCACUGUGGAUGAAGGGAGGGAGAAAGAGAGAGUUUUCGCAAGUAAAGCUACACCAGCAGUCUGCCGAGGUAGAGCAUCAGAGGAGCCAGAGAGCAGAUUGUGCAACCUGGGAUUGUGGAAUCUAAAGGAGCUUGAAAGGGGAAGCACAGAGCCGGAGGUUUCUGGAUCCAGCAGCAGCACAGAUCCAGGGGAGAGGAAGGCUCCAAGGUGUGUGUGGAAAAUAGUGACGGUUCAGUUUCCUGCCAGUAAUACUACCUCGCCACCGUCGCCAUGGCAGCUGAGAAAGCUGAAAUGGAUGCACUGAAAAAGGAGUGCGAUGGCCUCCGUGCACAGAUCGAGGCGGCUCGUAAGGCUGUGAAUGACACGACCAUGUCCUCAGCAUCAGGAGGAGUGGCCGCAGUGGGAAGGGUCCAGCUGAAGCUCAGGAAGACACUCAAAGGUCACCUGGCCAAAAUCUAUGCCAUGCACUGGGCAGCAGACUCCAGGCAAAUGGUCAGUGCAUCACAGGAUGGCAAGCUUCUCGUCUGGGACAGCUUCACAGGGAACAAGUUGAUUGCUGUCCCACUAAAAUCUGCUUGGGUGAUGAGUGUUGCCUUCGCCCCCUCUGGCGGCCUCGUGGCCAGUGGUGGUCUGGAUAACAUCUGCACAGUCUACAACAUCAAGGCUGCCAGCCCUAAGACCCUCAGGGAGCUGGAUGCACACACAGGUUACCUGGCUUGCUGCCGUUUCCUUAGCGAUACUGAGAUCCUGACAGCCUCCGGUGACACCACCUGCUGCCUGUGGGACCUGGAAACUGGCAAGCAGAAGAUCAUCUUCACCAACCACAUUGGAGACUGCAUGUCACUGGCUCUCUCUCCUGAUAUGAACACCUUCAUCUCUGGAGCCUGUGACUCUCUUGCCAAGCUGUGGGACAUAAGGGAUGGAACCUGCAAGCAGACCUUUUCCGGACACACCAGUGACAUCAACGCCAUCGCUUUCUUCCCCAGUGGAAAUGCUGUCAUCACAGGCUCCGACGACUGUUCCUGCAAGAUGUACGACCUGCGCGCUGACCAGGAGGUGCUUGACUACACGGACACCGCCCUGAACGCUGGAGUCACAUCUCUGGCUCUUUCCAGCUCCGGUCGCCUUAUCUUUGCAGGUUAUGAUGACUUCAACUGUCACAUCUGGGAUGCACUCAAGGGAGAGAAAGUUGGUGUACUUUCUGGCCAUGACAACAGGGUGAGCUGCACUGGGGUUCCAGGUGAUGGCAUGGGUGUCUGCACAGGGUCCUGGGACAGUUUCCUCAAACUGUGGAACUGAGGCAUUGCAGCGCAGGAAAAAACAACCUCUGGGAGAAAAAGGAGGGGGAGGAGAGGGUGAAAGGGUCAAGAAGAAAACACAGAGGGUGUAUGAAAGAAGGUCUUCUUCUCUUUCUACCCUACUCUCUUCUUCUUCCUCAUUUAUGUAUGCAAAUGAGCCACAUUGUAUAAAUGGCAUCAGGUAAACAAUGCAUGAUGCAUCCUGCUGUAUGUACAGAAGAGCUUUACUGUUCAGACUAUUUUUAAACAAUAGCACACUACUCUGAGGGAUACCAGAGCAGAAAACCAGCUCUUGUCGAAACCAUCAGACGCAUAGUUUUUUGACAAUGAAAGAUUAAACAAAGUUUAUUGAAAUAUUAAGAAUAAUAUUGUAGACUUACAGAUUUAUUUUUUGUCUUUGAGGUCUUUGAGCUGUAAGAGAGCCCUGCCCUGACCUAGAUGAAAGACUGGCUUGUCCAAUCAUUUAUACGUUAUAGUUUGUCAAAUAGGAUGGAGAGUUCACGUUCAAGUUCUACUUCUUGUUUGUUUUUUGUUUUUUUGUUUUUUUGUGGAAAACCACAAAUCCAGAGUGUAUAUGUAAGGUAGAACAGUCAUCAGGGGUUCCCUGCUAACACCAGCUGGUUGAAAUCCAAAAUGGCUGCCGCUGUUGACCUUUCUAACCCUUGCAAAGUGGUGAUCUAUCCAGAUACAAGAUGGAGCUGGACACUCUUUGAAAAACUGUACUCUUUUACUCCCCUGGGCUCAGCUGCAUUUUGUAGAACACAUGUGCUCCUCUAAUGUAAAAAGGCAAAAUGUUUCUUGAAAUUCUUUCUAAUAAAUAGAGUUCUGCAUUAACAUCA